CGUCACUUGCCAAAGGAUGACGUAAAAGCCUUACCUUUUUUUUGUAAACAAAUUGUUUUUUUUUGAGAAAUUUAAUGCAAACAUUAUUUCUUAAGAAAUCUCAUUCCCCAAAAUUCAGUUGCAUGAAUAAGUCACAAAACAAAUCCGCGACUAUAAAUUAUCAUAUUGAUAAUAAAAUCACCGUGAAUGCUGUUCCAGUUGUGGAAUCGGCCACUGGCAGCUGCAACUCGAGCUGCUAGAACCAGAGAACGCCUUGGUGAUGAUUUGAUCGAUAAACUCGAUAGGCUACACGAUGGUGCCCUUCGGACGGGUGUUGUCACAGAGUCUGAUUUACGAAUGGCCUAUCGUAAGUCACUCGAACAAGAACAACGGAAUCACUUAAAUCCAUGGUAUGCCAUUGGAAUUCUUUUAUUUAUAAUGCUGGCCACGCCUGUGUUCUUUGGGACGAUACAUUUCAUCUUGGGUGUUCGUUGCUUCUUGCCAAAUAAUUAUCUUGUCUGGGAGGCAACUCGUCCCAUCAGUGACUGUGGAUUUUGCAGUUCUGUUCAAGGACCAUUGAUAUUACAGAAUCUCACACGUGAAGAAUUUGCCCCAUUCGCAUACUCCUCUCAGCCAAUUAUUAUUAAAAAUGCCGUUGCUCAUUGGCCAGCAGCAAAAAGUCUGAAUUUUAGUUAUUUGAAAGAUUUAUACGAACGAAUUCCAGGUGCUCUGGAUGAAGACUGCCAAUUUUUGCACUUUCGCUCAGAUUUUAAGUCUCUGAAAGAGGUCUUUAUGAUGUCCGAUCAGAGGGCUAAAUUUAUUGGUGGCAAUCAUCCGUGGUAUGUGGGUUGGAGUAAUUGUCAUCCAACUGUGCUGGAAGAACUUAGGAAAUUAUAUCCACGACCACAUUUCCUUCCCGAAGAUGCAGAAAUGCCAAAUACGGAUUAUAUAUUUCUUGGAUAUGAACAGGGUGCAUUUAUGCAUUUAGAUUACAUCCCCCGCCUUAUGUGGCAAGCUCAAUUACAGGGCAACAAAAGCUGGAUCCUUGCCCCUACACCAGAAUGUGAUCAUUUAUGUCAUUCCUUUUCGUUCUAUGUGGAACCUGGUGAUGCUGUUCUCGUCGACACUCGCAUAUGGUACCAUGGAACUUCAAUACCAAAAGGUCAAUUUGCUCUGACCAUACAAUCCGAGUACGGUUAAUCGAAAGUUUCUUAAUUUAAACUGAAAAUAGUAUCAAUACUAAAACAAACUAUAAAUAUUUAUGUAUAAUCUAUAAAAAUAUGUAUUUAAAUUAUUUAUCCGAAAUUAUUCCAUACUUCGUACGCAUCUAAUUAAUUAAGAAGAAAAAACAAGAAAGAUGAUUUAGUUCAGCUUUUACCAAAAAUCUUGCCACAAAAUUAUGGUAACUAAAUAAAUUAAUAAACUAUUUUACAUUAAAUUAAGUCUUAUAGUUUAUAGAAAGUCCGAGCUACACUCACUGAGAUUUAAAUAAAUCAAAACAAUGAUUCUCAAUUUUCAAUAAAACAAAAAUUAUUACUAUUGUGUUAUUCAACCUACAAACAAAUUAUCAGUAUCACUAAAAAUUCCAUUUACCUAAGUUUUACUAACGUUUUUGUUUUGGUUUAAUCAGAAUUUUAAAUUAUUAAUUAAAAAAGAAACGUGUAUAAAUUAA